UUUCCCCCUCCGCCUAUCACACACAUAGACAUGGCAUCCCCACAUAUACCCCACCAGCGUCUUCAUGCUACCUUCAAGGGCAUCGAGAGGGAGACAGAAGAGAUCAAUGUCCAUGAAUUCCGGGGCAUCAAGUACGCCUCAGUGCCGGCGCGGUUCGAGCGGGCGCAGCCGGUGGAUGGCUGGGGCGAUGCCGUGGUUGAUGCCACAAGCUAUGGGCCGCGAUGCCCACAGGUCCAUGUGGAUGUUCGCCAUUUGCUGCGCAUCCCGGAGGACGUGUCGAUAGAGAAGGAGCCCGAGGACGAGUUCGAGUGCUUGAACUUGGAUAUCACCUGCCCUCCAUCGGGGUCCGCAAAAGGCCCCCUGCCUGUCCUUCUGUGGAUUCACGGGGGCUCGCAGGUGGUAACCUUUUGUUCAGCUGCGUCCAAAGUCUGCGAUCCGAUCAAAGUUGUGGCCGAUUCAAUCCAGGCUGAUCAACCUAUCAUCUUCGUUUCCAUCAACUAUCGACUCAACAUCUUCAGCUUCGGCGACGGCAAGGAGAAGAACCUUGCAAUCAAGGACCAGAAGCUGGGAAUUGAGUGGGUGCGGAAUAAUAUUUCAGCCUUUGGAGGCGACCCGGACAAUAUCACACUUGCAGGAGAGAGCGCUGGUGCGGUGUAUGCCCAUGCGCAUUUGGUUACCGGGACACCGGUCAAGAGGGCCGUCCUGGCAUCUGGAACUCUGUAUCUCUCACACCCUCUGCCCCUCGAAAGAGGCCAGGGACUCAUCCAGGCGCUCGAAACCAAGGUACAGGAACUAGGCCAGCCGUCAUUGCGGCAAGCGUCGGUGCCAGCUCUCAUACGAGCUUUGGAGGAGUGCAAAGUGAACACCAUGUGGAUACAGGAGGAGGAGGAAUUUCGGGAUUGGGAAACCAAGCCAGAGCUGGUCGAAGAGGUUAUGAUCGGUGAUACUGAAUACGAGUCGGUGAUAUGGAGGAAUGGGAUCGAAACGCUGGAUGGGCAAGCUAUAGCUGCUGCCUUCGAACAGAAUGAACAAUGGGGUCCGAGGCUGCGCAAGAUGUACCAGGUUGUUGCGGAUCGUCCGACUGCCAGCAAGCUGGGUGCCUUAGACCUGGUGCACGACGCUCGAUAUACGGCCCCGGUUGAGGUGGUCUCUGACAAGCUACGAGCAGUAGGCAAGCGAGUCUACAAAUACGUGGUGGACCAGGCCAACCCAUGGCAGCCGUCCAGUCGAGCUCACCAUGCCGUCGACCUGCUCUUCCUGUUCGAUGGCAUUGAUCUCUCCUUCAAUCCGGCCGCGAAGACCGUUGGGCAAGAGAUGCGGAAGCGCUGGAUACAAUUUGCCAACGGCUGCAGCCCAUGGUCUGAGGAGCAACGAUUCGCCUACGGGCCUCUGGGGGAAUGUAGGGAGAUAUCCGAGUCUCAGGUGGCAUCGCGUCGGCGGGUCGGGCAUGUACAAGCGCUGAGGGAGGCUGGGCCGGGAGUCUACAUGCCUAUUAUAUUUGCCCUGACGACCGGGAAGAUCAGUUUGUUGAAUUAGAG